AUGCUUACCAAGAGUCUUGACAAUGAUACUACUACAACUACAGAUAAAAAUGAAAAAUUUAAAUUGAACUUAGAUGAAAACACACAGAAACUGCAGCAACUAACAAAAACUAUCAAAAGUCAAGCAAAAAAUGAAAAAAAAUAUAAACAAAUCAAUAGUACAGAUUUACACAAAUUGUACAAGUAUAGAAGACACAGUAACAUUACAAGCAGAGAUUAUUUAAAAAGCAUAUCAAAGAAUAUUGACAUAAAUAAGGUUGAGGGGGAUGACCUACACCAAGAUUUUUAUAUUGAUGAAAUUAAGAAAAACGAAAACACACUGAGCUCAACUUCCAAAACCAAGUACGAUAUCAAUUACAUAAAACUCAAUAAAAACAUUUCAGACGAAGAAAAUGUUGAGAACAUUACAGUAUCCACGCCGAGUAUCUUCGACCUUCACGAGGACUUUGAAACAUUUGAAAGAUUUGAUGGUGAAUUCGACUGGGAGAAGUUUAUUACUUCGGAAAUGUAUGUACAAAUAAUAAAGAACACUACAGCCGAACCUGAUUUUAGAAGAAUGUUGAGUGAUGAAAAAAAGGCUACUGUUCCAGAUUUGUCAAAAGCUGUAACAUCAUUCGAAGAAAAAUUUUGGGAUGACUACUACCUUGAACGUACUAUACCUGUCCAUCCACAAGUAGUGACUGGUAAUUCUAAUAGCAGCAAAACUAGAUUAGUACCACGUCCGUCACUUCAAAAAACUUAUCUAGAAACUAUAACAUUGCCUGAGAUUAAAAAAUCUUUAAAUAGUGACAAUAAUAUUAGGAAUCUUGGAAUGAGGUAUCUUAACAACCCAAGAAGGAUUCCUGGUGGCCAAUAUCCCGUAAUUGAUGGUAGAAGAAAUAUGCCUACUCUACCUACUAUUCAAACUACUGCAGACCAAAUAUUAUAUGAUUCAAUCAUCAAAGACAUAGACAAGGACAUAGAUAUUUGA